AAAAUGGGGCAAAUUUUCUGUUGUGUUAAAGUGUACCAAUCAACUCUGGCUAUCAAAGAAAGUUUUGGAAAGUUUGACGCUGUGCUUGAGCCUGGUUGUCACUGUAUGCCUUGGAUUUGUGGCAAGCGAAUAGCUGGCCACCUCACUUUGCGUGUACAGCAGCUUGAUGUUCGAUGUGAAACGAUGACAAAGGAUAAUGUCUUUGUUACUGUUGUUGCAUCUAUUCAAUACCGGGUUAUAGCAAAAAAGGCUACAAAUGCUUUCUACCAACUCAGCGACACCGAAAGACUAAUCGAAUCCUAUGUUUUUGAUGUUAUUAGGGCAUUUGUUCCAACGAUGGAGCUGCAUUCUCUUUUUGAACAAAAGUAUGAAAUAGCGGAAGCUGUAGUAGUGGCACUAGACAAGUCCAUGUUAGCAUAUGGGUUUGAGACAGUUCAGACUCUUAUUGUGGAUAUUGAACGAGAUACACUGAUGAGAGUCAAAGCGCAAAAGAAAUUGGAGAUCAUGCGUGCAGAGAAAGAUGCAAAUGAGAAAGCCCAAGCACAAAAGAAAUUGGAGUUGGAGAUUAAGCGUGCUAAAGGAAAAAAUAAGAGUGGCUUAUAUAUUGGAAGUCAGGUGAUUGGCGUGUUCAAAGGAAGGGAUGAAAAAUCUUACAACAAGACAAUUAAGACAAAAAAACAAAACAAAACAGAACAGAACAGUGAUGAGAAAUGUUUAUAA